UUUCGAUCCGCGUUUUUCACCCAGAAAUCAUAUUUUGGUUGCCUUGAAGGAAAAACAGAGCUCUCAAACUUGUGAUUAAUUCUUACCAAAAGUUCAGAAAAGUUAUCCAGUGAAAUUCUAAUUAAUAUGGAUUACUUGGCUUUGAUACUGAUCACUGUUUUCCUCGGAGGCUGUUCACCCCUGCAAAACAGAGUUUUCCCAGAGUACCACAGCAAAAAUCUCAACACUAGUGGGCUCCUCAAUACAAGCCGGAGCGGAAAAUUUCUGCCAUUUUACACCGUGGUGCGAUUUAAGAAUAGCGAGUGUGCUGCGACAAAUGGCCUGACAGGCACAUGCUACUUAAGAUCUGAUUGCCGAAACAAGCGAGGUGGUGAAUUUGGCAAAUGCUCAAAAGGAUUGGGUACUUGCUGCGUUGUUACUAGAAACUGUACCGGAACCGCAUCUAACAGCAACAAUACAUAUUUUCGCAGCCCUGGUUAUCCUGACACGUACACCGGUGGCUCCGCUUGCACACUUUCCAUAACAAAAAACAGAGCAUCGGUCACCCACGUCCGCUUGACCUUUACGGAAUUAUCACUAGCUCAGCCAAAUGCUAAUGGUGUUUGCAACACUGACAAACUGUCCGUGUUGGGCGCUGAUAAUAAUCCGCCAGCUAUUUGUGGCGAUAACACUGGCCAGCAUAUGUACCUAAAGUUUCUAGCGGAUAGUUCAGCGAUUCAAGUUGUGGUUGCAGUCAGUACAAGCUCUACCUUUAAAAGGCGAUGGAGCAUUUUGGUCACUCAACACGAACAAAACAUGUCACCUCCACCUGGUUGUUUGAUGUACUUUACAGAUAAUGCUGGCCAAAUUCAGAGCUUUAACUAUGAUGCUUCCGCCACUGUCACAAGGCAGUUGACGGAUUUGACGUACACCGCUUGCAUCAGAACUAAUGCCGGUUAUUGCUCCAUCGAGUGGACCAGAGCCGGCACCAAUCAAUUCUCACUCUCAGGAGAUCCAGCGACCGCCACAAACCUCCAAGGAAACUCAUGCAAUUCAGAUUUCAUUAUAAUCCCCAAUGCACGUGUCACCUCUACAGGCACACGCAGUGACAGAUUUUGUGGGACGGAUUUCCUCACAACCCGAACCUUGCAAAUGCCGUUUACUUUGGGUGUGGUAACAGAUGGGAAUGAAAAUGGAGACAGAGCCAAUUUGGGAUUCAAUCUGGCAUACCAACAGUUACUUUGUCAGUAAUGCAGCUUUUUUUUUAAAAAAAAAGGGAUGCAGAUUUUGGUGAUGGGCGGUGAAGGGGGGUAUUAUAAUAUUGAAGUUAAUUCGCAAGUAAAAAAGUAGUGUUUUUAUUGUAAAAAAUAAAAAUAUUUAAUAAUAUAUGUGUACACCUAAAAUGGUUAUAGCAGCACUAAAUUUAUCAACCAAAAACAACAAAAACAGACACCAGCUUCUUCAGGAAGAUAAAAACGCAGCACUGCUUACAAAUUAAUUGAGCAAAAUUUGCAACCCAUGCAACUUAAUCAAUUUUAACGCUAGUGCUUUGUAAAAGGAACUUCUGCAAAUUGUGAAUUAAAUUCAGAAUUCAGUUAAAUGAUAAUUGUGUGUCAUGAUUUCUUAGAUUACUUAACAUUUUGCAAAGAUUAUUGAUUAAUAAGCCAAAGUUGCAGAGUAUUAAGCUGAUUAACCACAUUGGAGGUAAUCUUGAAAUAUGACAUUUAGUGUGGAUAAUUAACAAAUUUUUGUAUGGAAUCAAUAUAUUAUUAAGUCACUCGUUUGAAACAACUAAAACAAUUUCAUUAUUUUUUGCAAGUUACAUAUUCACUUGCUGUGAAAAAUUAUCA